UGAUAGACAUAUUCAUUGGUUAAACAUGGAAUCUCUUUACUCCAAUAUCCAUUACUGGCUUGUUGACCAUCCAACAAUCAGCCAAUUUGAAUGGAAACAAGGUCACACUUUUGGUUCUUCCAUAUCUUUUCUUACAAUUUCAGUGUCUGUUUACUUAUGUCUGACUCUCUUAUCGCUCCGUUUUUCUACAUUUAUCCCUACCCUCACUACCAUCACCAUUCGCAAUAUUACCGCGAUCCACAGCCUCAUUCUCUGUCUCCUCUCUCUACUCAUGGUCAUUGCCGGCAUCCUUUCUGUCCAACACCAAAUGCCACCUCAUGAUUGGAAGUGGAUCGUAUGUUUCCCCGGUGCCAAUCAUACUCUUCCACGUGGACCUGUGUUCUUUUGGAUUUAUAUUUGCUAUCUUUCAAAAAUUAUUGAAUUUAUCGAUACACUUUUAAUUGUCCUUAGUAGUUCUAGAUCGCGAAGGUUAUCGUUCCUCCAUGUCUAUCACCACGCACUUGUGACCGUUCUUGGUUAUAUUGGGCUUCAGUAUGCGCAAUCGAUGUUGGGUCUUGCUCUUAUCGUCAAUGCUUCGAUUCAUGUUCUAAUGUAUGCUUAUUAUUUCCUAUCGGCUAUUGGAAAAAGGCCAUGGUGGAAAAAAUUGGUGACAAAUUGUCAAAUAUACCAAUUUAUUCUUGGGUUUAUAAUAUCGGCUAUGAUGUUGUAUUAUCACUUUACAACUGAGUUUGGAUGCACAGGAGUUGGAGCAUGGUGUUUUGGUAUUGUUUUUAAUGCAUCACUAUUAGUGCUCUUUCUUGAUUUUCAUUCCAAGAACUAUACCAACAACAUCAAGAAAGAGCUUUAAUUUAUGGUCCCUUAAUUUAUAUCACUUAAGUCGAGGUCAUGUCUUGUCCUUCAGUAUAAUGACCGCUUUUAUGUUUUUCCAGAAUUUUAUCAGUUCCAAGCUCAAAUGCUUGUUCAUUCAUUUUCAUUUCAAACAAAGGCGAGCAUCUCCUAUGUAUCCAUUGCUUAUCCCUAUUGCUCCGCUACUUUGUUUUUUUU